AUGAGCAGCGAGCCCAAAACCAGUAGCGCAACUGGAGGAGGAGGAGGAGCAGCAGGAGGAAGGGGAUUUAGGGCGAAAAUGGAGCACUACAUGUACAGCGGUGAGAAGAAGCACGUAUUUGCUGGCAUCGUUCUUGUCAGCGCCGUCUUUGCCGUUCCUUGGUACCUCAUGACUCGAGGGGCAAAGCAUCAAUCCCAUCAAGAUUACUUAGAGAAAGCUGAUAAGGCAAGGAGCCAAAGACUUUCUUCAGGGGCUUCUUCUGCUAAAUGA